CUCACCUGUGAGAAGUAUUUAGAGCCUUGAGUAUCAACAUUUCCACGAGGCGUGCUCAUCACCACGGUAUUCAUUCUCACGAACAUUCGUCAUGCGGUUUUCUACUAUGUUCACUGCCCUCGUGGCAUGCGUUUCCACCACUUCAGCCGCCAUCAACUGGUCCCUAGAGAAGGUCUCCAACCCAUCAGCCGACCAAGCCGAUGCCUACAGCCGCAUUGAGAAUGCCAUGCGCCUCGCAGCAGCGCGAUACAACCGUUUGGGUAGAGCCACUAAGACCAUUCGCGUCUCCUACGUUCCUGGCGUCCCAACAGCCGAUGCCAACUUCAAUGGCAGUCUCCGCUUCGGUUCCAACAGAUCUUACAUGAGCGAACGCACCGCUUUGCAUGAGAUCUCUCACACUCUUGGAAUUGGCCAGACUGCGGCUUUUGAUAGAAAGUGUGCUGCGAAUGACUGGCGCACAGCGACUCCCCUGCUUCAAUCUUGGGACGGUGCUGGUGUUCGUAUCAACUGUGGCGGAGGACAUAUUUGGCCCUAUGGUCUUAACUAUGAUAAUGAGUGGAGUGAGACGAACGCCAAUCGACAUGUUCAGCUUGUGAAUGCGAUGAUAGCCGACGGCCUUCAGGGCUGAAUUCGUCUUUCACCAAAGGUCAAAUUUUAGGCCUUGUCGGCUGAAGGAAGGGCUUUGAUAGAUACGGAUGAGAUACGAAUUUGUUUGCAGUUUAAGUUCACUUCAAGAGAAACAUAUUACAUCGAUAUUACUAUUGCCACCUUGAUUGAGAGUGGAGAGCAUUCAGAGACCCGUUCCUGA